AUGUCGGUGAGUUCGAGUUCCAGAGGAAGGAUAACGACGGAGCUUCAAGUCCCGAAGAAAUGGACUGACAGAGAAACGAGUCCAGAGAGAACCAAGGUUUGGGCCGAGCCCAAGCCCAAAACGGCCAGAAAAGUCUCCGUCGUUUACUACCUUUCCCGAAAUGGCCAACUCGAACACCCUCAUUUCAUGGAGGUUCCUCUCUCUUCACCUCAAGGACUUUACCUCAAGGACGUAAUCAACCGCUUGAACGUUCUCCGAGGGAAAGGAAUGACCACAAUGUACUCUUGGUCCGCCAAACGGAGCUACAAAAACGGCUUCGUUUGGCACGAUUUGUCGGAGAACGAUUUCAUCUACCCGACGCAGGGGCAGGAUUACAUUCUCAAAGGAUCGGAGAUUGUUGAGCACAGUGUCUCCGGCGGCGAGAGAGUUAGCAAAACGGAGGAAGAGUCCGAUUCGCCGGUGGUGAUCCCGAGGCGGCGGAACCAGUCGUGGAGUUCUAUCGAUUUGAAUGAGUACCGAGUUUAUAAAUCCGAAUCGUUCGGUGACUCGGCUGUGAGAAUCGGAUCCGACGCGGCGACUCAGACGGAAGAUAAGCGGAGGCGGAGGAGGGCGGCGAGGGAGGAAGAGGCGGUAGAGAUUCAAGAGAAGAAUGAUGGAAUUGACGCGGGAAUGGAGGGGGAAAGGGUCUCGCACGUGACUUGUGAUAAUAACAAUAAUCAGUCAACGGAGCUGAGUAGGGACGAGAUCUCGCCUCCACCGUCGGAUUCGAGCCCUGAGACGCUGGAGACGCUGAUGAAAGCAGAUGGACGGCUUGGAUUGCGGUCUUCGGAAUUGGAGAAGGAGAAUCUGACGGUGGAGAGCUGUCCUAGUGGGAGGAUGAGAGCCUCGUCGGUUUUGUUGCAGUUAUUAUCGUGCGGCGCAGUGUCUUUUAAGGAGUGUGGGGUUAGCACCGUGAAAGAUCAAGGGUUCUCGUUGGUUGGCCACUACAAGUCCAGGAUGCCCCGCGGAGCACGCAAUCAUUCAGGAAAAGAUACAGGGAUGUCGAUGGAAAUACCGGAUUUGAACAGGGCAAGGUUGGAAGAUAAAGAGUAUUUUAGUGGGAGCUUGAUCGAAACCAAGAAAGUGGAAACCCCUGCUUUGAAAAGGUCCUCUUCUUACACUGCAGAUAGUGGUUCCCGGUUACAAAUAGUGGAGCAUGAAGGAGAAGUAGUGCGGGCAAAGUGCAUACCAAGGAAAUCUAAGACAGUACCAACAAAGAAAGAAGAGGUUGCUUCAAUGCACAUUGCUAGCGGUGGCCAACAUGGGAGCAAAAGAUUUGAAAAUAAUAAUUGA